CUGAAUUCAGUGUUCACUCGUGUAACCAGCAUCAACAGCAAUAGAGAUGAUGGAGGUGGCGCGUGAGUGUGCACUGGCCAUCCUCGAGGAAGACUUUGGGCCGCUCGUGGCAAAGGUGGCCAAGGUCUUGUUCAAGUGCUCAUGUACCAUGCAGACCUUGGUGCGCUUGACAGAGCUCAGCCCUGAGCAAGUCCGAAAGAGCUUGCUUGUGUUGAGGCAGCACCACCUCCUCUCGUACACGGAGACACGGCGUAUCUUCUACACUAUCAACACACAGACGGCACUCCUCCGCAAUCGCUUCCCUGCCAUGUGCCACAUUGUCAACGAGCAAUACGGCGACAUGGAACAGCUCGUGCUUGAAACAGUUCUCUUGCACGGCACCAUUUCGACUUGUUUCGAUUUCACCGCCUCUCCUUGUCGGGAGUGUUUGCGGAUCAUUGCUUCGUCGCUCGGUGAGGAGGCGGCCGCUGUUGCGAAGGUGCUGAUGUUCAGUAAUCUUCAUCAGGAGCUGGGCAACGAUCGCGAUGUCCCCGUCGCCCUCGCCCAUAUUACGGUGCACCGGCAGUUGCCGUCAGGAAGUGGUUUGACUCCCGACCUCACAGAGAAGUGGCUGAAGCUGUUGGUUGCGGAAGGUUCAGGGAUGUUUCACGCGGGGCGUUCUGGGCUGUAUUAUUUUGAUCUGAAGACCGCCAUGCAUUUGGUUGCGUCACUGCAGCUGGAACGAAUUCUUGCCGAUCGAUACGGCCAGGAAAGCCUUCGACUCAUCCGCUUGCUCCUCGAAAACCACUAUCUUGACCAGGACCAGAUUGUGCGCAUGGCGAUGGUGGAGCGUUAUGCCGCCACGCGCGUUCUUCUCAACGAACUCUUCCAAGCAGGGCUCAUCUCCUGCCAGGAGAUUCCCAAGUCUGCUGACCGUGCACCGUCGCGCUGCCACUAUCUCUGGCACGCCGACCACGCGUCUGUCGUCAAGACCCUCCAGGCGCAGCUCCUCCACGCCAUUACCACCGCUCACUUUCUCCUUUGGCAAUAA